UGCAUUGGCGGCGAUGAAGGAUCGAUCGAUCUCACCCAGCCCAUCACCACCCGACCCGACAAGCGCCUGCAUCUCGAUAUCAGGGCAUUGAGGUCCUCCGUCGUGGGCCAGCCAUCUCAUCGCCUCGUAUCGACCUUGGUGACAUGGCCAAAGAGAGUGUUGCUAGAGCAGACACCGUUCCGAUUCGCUGACCAGGCACAUGUGCUGCUUGCGGUUCCGUUCCUCCAGCACCGACUCCGAGCCUAUCCAACCACACUUUCCUUUGAUCCAGCCAUCGACGUCCAGUCAACAUGUCAUUGUUCAAAGCACCACCCCUUGCAGAUCUGCUGGACGCCGCUGGCCUCGACUGGACUUCGGCGACCGUCGCUGCCGUAGCGAUCGUGCUGACCUCGCUGCUCAUCGGCUUCCUUCGUUCCUUGCGAUCGCCCGUCGCACUCGUCUAUGGCGCCGAGACAGUCCAGAUUGCUGUCGUCGAUGAAGACCAAGUCCGCAGAGUCCCGUUCGCCCAGUUCCUGAAAACCACUUGCCCGGCUCUGUUUGGGCCGGCGGCCUCCUACUACCCGACCGUUUGGCUGGCCAGCGGCCAUGCUCAGACCAUCUUCGCCAGCGUCCGCAACUACCUGGUCAAGAACGGUCCCGUCUUUGGCAAUGGGCUAUCGUAUGAGCGCGAAAUCGUGACCCUUCCCGACGGCGGCAGCAUCUCGCUGGACUGGUGUCCAGGCAACAAGGGCCUUCCCUUCGAUGACACCCCGAUCGUUGUGUUGAUGCACGGCAUUUCUGGCGGCUCCCACGAAUCGUACGUCAAGGACACGAUUGCCGAGAUAGCCGCCGGCCCCCAUCGCUAUCGAACCGUCGUUGUCAACUUCCGUGGCUGUGCCAACACCAAGAUCACGACAAGCCAGUUGUACUCUGCUGGCUACACAGACGACUACAAACUUGCGCUCGAGCACAUCCAGAGAUGCUGCCCCGGCGCCCCGAUGAUUGGCGUUGGGUUUUCUCUGGGCGCCAAUAUCAUGCUCAAAGCACUUGGUGAGAUGGGAACCGCAUGCCCCCUGGUCUCGGCCGUCUCUGUCUCCAAUCCCUAUGACAUGCUUGUCAGUAGUCGUGCCGUCCACCGCCAGUGGUUUGGCUCCAAUGUCUACUCCAAGGUCAUGGCGAUGAAGCUGAAGAGUGUCUUCAAAGAGCACAUUACACACUUUGAGAACCACGACGAGAUCGAUGCGGAUCAUGUGCUUCAGUCUCGCAACACGACCGAGUUCGAUGAUCGCAUGACACGGCGUUCCUUCCGAUACCGAUCUGUGGACGAGUACUACCGGCUGUCGUCGUCGGUGCUGCAACUUCCCAACGUCCGAAUUCCAAUGCUGUGCUUGCACAGCUUGGACGAUCCCAUCUCGGACAGGGAGGCAAUCCCGUUUGGAGAGGUGCGGUGCAACCCGUACGUGGUCUUGGCGACUACGCCCCGGGGCGGACAUCUGGGCUGGUGGGCAGGCCAGCUCAAGCCCAAGCGCUGGUUUCCGGUGCCGGUCAGUCAGUACAUCACAGCCAUGUUUGAGAACUAUACGCGAUUGCCCAAGGAUCUCCAGGAGUCCUUCCACGAACCCGUUGGUCUGACCAAGCCGUUGAUACCGUCGCGUAUCAUCUUGCCUUUCUCGACCCCGCUGGACGACCACGUCGUGCGAAGCGAAUCGCGCCUUGGUUUCGGCUUUGGCGGCUCGCCCGAGCCCAGCGACGAGAGUUUGACGGACGAAACAUCUGUGACGUCGUAGAUGGGUGGAGAGGCUCUCGAUGACAAUCACACUGUGAAGUGUAUGAUGGGCCAGAUACUCUGAGCCGCUGCCUCAUUCACCCAGAGCCCACACAAGACGGACGUGAGUAUGUUGGGGAUAUCGACAGCUGGGCUCCUAGACGAGCCAAUACACAGUCCAGUUGCCAAUUCCUGUGCUGCAGACAGGACUUGCGCGUUAUAUGGAUGGAUAUUUCAAG